CAGAAGGAAAGGCAGAGGAAGAGGGAGAGAGAAGAGAAGCGAAGGGAAAAAGAAAUCAAUUGAAAGAAGUCAGACUUGUUUGAAAUCUCAAGGGCUCUUCGGGCCAGGUCCCUGUCUGAUGGCUUUUAUGAAAAAAUAUCUCCUCCCUCUUCUGGGGCUCUUCUUGGCCUACCACUACUAUUCCACAGAUGAGGAAUUCAGACCAGAAAUGCUCCAAGGAAAGAAAGUGAUUGUCACAGGGGCCAGCAAAGGAAUUGGAAGAGAGAUGGCUUUUCAUCUGGCGAAGAUGGGAGCCCAUGUGGUGUUAACAGCGAGGUCAGAAGAAACUCUACAGGAGGUGGUAUCCCACUGCCAGAAGCUCGGCGCAGCCUCGGCUCACUACAUUGCUGGCAGCAUGGAGGACAUGGCCUUCGCGGAGCAAUUCGUUGCCAAAGCAGGAAAGCUCAUGGGAGGACUAGACAUGCUCAUUCUCAACCACAUCACCAGCUCUCCUUUCACAUUUUUUAAUAAUGAUAUUUACCAAGUGCGCCAAAUCAUGGAGGUCAACUUUCUCAGUUACGUGGUCCUGAGUGUGGCUGCCCUGCCCAUGCUGAAGCAGAGCAACGGAAGCAUUGUAGUCGUCUCCUCGAUAGCUGGGAAAAUGGGUCAUCCCAUGGUUGCUCCCUAUUCUGCAAGCAAGUUUGCUCUGGAUGGAUUUUUCUCUGCUAUCAGGAAAGAACAUUCAAUAGCCAAGGUCAAUGUGUCAGUCACUCUCUGUGUCCUUGGCCUCAUAAACACAGAUACAGCCAUGAAGGCAGUUUCUACUAAACUCAAUCUGGAGGCCGCUCCAAAGGAGGAAUGUGCCCUGGAGAUCAUCAAAGGAGGAGCUCUACGCCAGGAUGAAAUGUACUAUGGCAAACCUCGGUGGACCUCUCUCCUGCUGGGAAACCCAGGGAGGCAGCUUAUGGAAUUCCUCCAGUCCAGGAGACUUAAUAUAAACAAAUUGUUAGAUAACUAAGAAUUCCCUUAAGGUUGGGUAUGCUGAGGGAUCUUGGGAGUGUUUUGCCCAAUAUUUAUCUGAACUCUAUCCUUGAAGGCGUUUUCACAGAGGGAUAACUAGUCUGUCUCACAGAAACAUGCAAGUCAUUGGUCACAUCUCACGAUGGAAAUGAUUUUCCUCUAAUACUUGCACAGUGGAAAUGUAAUUAUAAUAAAUGUCAUGACACCUUGCAACCUGCAGGGGUGAAACUGACAGUAACCACAGGCAUAAUUACAUGAUAGUAAUAUUAAAUUUACCUCAUACAUAAUAUGCAUAGUAUAAUAUUAAUUAUAAUAAAGGUCAUAUAAACUGUAUGUAUUCAUAACUGGCAGCUAUAAUUUGAGUUCAUUCACUAUUAUCCCUUCAAAAUAAUAAA